GAGCCCUUAGCGGCAUUGGAUGCUGAGUCAGCCACGGCGCACACAAGAAGCUCAACCGCGGCCGCUCUCCAUCCUUCUUGCAACCAUCUCUUCAUCCUCGCAGAAGUUUUCGAAUUCUCUACGAAGAUGAGAGCCAAGUGGAGAAAGAAGCGCAAAAUAAAUGACUCGCCCACUCCAUCUCAGCUCUUCAUGUGAAGACUCGGGUUGAACGCUAAACAUGACAAUUGCGACGACGUCACGAUGAUGAUUCCGGUUAUGGUCGUUACGUGGUUCGGUAUCUCGAUCGAGGCCUGUCUGGUCUGCAACACUUCCUCGGUGCAGUCGAUCUCGGAGCCCGCCGUUCAGCAGGAUUAAAGCAAUUUCAUCCACCCAAUCCCACGCGGCUCUUCAAAGGUCUCCUGUAUUCCUGUACUAUCUUGCUCUUUUCCAUCGGUCUCUGGGUUUUGCAUGGUGACUGGUCAAUUACUCGUGUCCUGGGCUUGGUUCGGUUCAUCCGACUGGGUUCAGGCCAUGGAGAGGUUCAUGAGAAUUUAUUUCAAAUACCAAAA